AUGCCUUCUGCAAAGAUUGCCCCUUCAAUGCUUGCUUCUGAUUUCGCCCAUUUGGCAGCUGAAGCUAAGCGAGUUGUCAAGAAUGGUGCCGAUUGGCUUCACCUUGAUGUCAUGGAUGGCCACUUUGUACCAAACAUUACCCUUGGAGCUCCGAUCAUUGCAUCGCUUCGACCUCAUACGGAUGCCUAUUUUGAUUGUCAUAUGAUGGUGGCUGAUCCCGCCCGAUGGAUUGAGGACAUUGCCAAGGCUGGUGGUCAAAUGUAUUGUUUCCAUUUGGAGGCUACCAAUGAUCCAUUGUCAGUCAUUGAAAAGAUUCACAAGGCUGGUAUGCAGGCAGGUGUAGCCAUCAAGCCCGAUACCCCAGCAGAGGCUGUUAUGGGCCCUGUUGCUGAAGCAGCUGAUAUGAUUUUGGUCAUGUCGGUGGAACCUGGUUUUGGUGGACAAAAGUUUAUGCCUCAAUGCAUGCCCAAGGUGGAGACAUUGCGCAAAAAGUAUCCUCACAAGGAUAUCGAAGUAGAUGGUGGUGUAUCCAUGUCUACCAUUGACCAAUCCGCUGACGCUGGCGCCAAUGUCAUUGUUGCCGGUACUGGCAUUUUCAAGGCCGAAGACCCAAGUGAUGUCAUUUCCACUUUUAGAGAAAAAGUCAAUACCGCCCAACAAAAGUUUGCCGCUGCUGCCAACCAGUAA